GUGUAAUCAAAAAUUGCUCACGAUAAAUAAAAUUUGAAACUAAUUGGAUCUAACUAGAGCUGAAAUAACGUUAAUAACAUUUGAAAAGUUUGACAAUGACAAUUUAUUAUCACAACUUUGACGGUAUUGCAAUUAAAUUCAACGUAUGCUAAAAACGUAAAUGAAAAGCGCUGAAGAGCUACUUACAAGCUCAACGUAGCAUAUAUGAACUUAUAAGAACUCAAGCGCUUUUUCAAAAAAAUUCCGACGAAAAGAAAAAAAAUUUAAGGUUUGUGAAUGCCAAAAACAAAAUGUCUGGCGAGAAUAAUAGAAAAAUCCAAAACGGGAAUUGGAACACAUCAGAUCGUGUUAUUUCUUUAGGUUCUCGUUCUCGAAUGCCAAGGGAAACCGAAGAUAAUUACGUGAUCGAACCAAAAACAACUCCGCAUUUAAAUUGUAAUCCGAACAGAUCACACGUAGGAAGGUAUCCUAGAGAAAUUCAAUUAUUCCCAUUGGAAUUGAGGCCAGUUAUCGACGAUCAAGAAAGGAGGAAGUUCGAUUUUUAUAACGAAAUUCGUUUGAGGAAGUUGCAAGAACAGCGAAGGCGCGAAGAUGAAAUGAUGGAUAAUCGCCAACAAAUGUCCGAGAAAAGGUUUCGGGUCCCACGCAGACCGAGAGGUUGCGACGAAGAAACGUGCCCGGCACUGAACAGGAGUAGUUGCACCCAGGGGAGUGACGUCUACAGAAAUAUACUUGGCCCAACGCCUGACGAGUCUAUCUUAGCCGGAUUACAAACUGUCAUUGAAAUUUGCGGUUUAUCUGACGUUUGUCACAUUGACUCCGACGCAACCGAUUCUCGAUUACUCACCACAAGUUCGAGAAAUACCACGUAUACUUCUCAAGAUUAUUCUCUACGACGAACUACUUCCGAUUCAUCUCAAGAUGAUUCUUACUCAUCACGCCCUAGAUAUUCGCCUGAUACCAAUUGGUGUCAUAUGGGACGUAGGCCGUGUUGUCGAUGUGAUUUACACGAUCAAUGCCCUCAAAGAUAUCAGCAUUUUCCUCGGGAAUGUGUGCCAAUGUGUCCUUGUGCAAAUCGACAAAUUGGCGAUUCUUUACCAUCAACUAGUUUUCAUUGUGGAUUACCCCGCUGCCCAGUACCGCUUUAUAAAGAUGAAAAACGAACGGAGAAGAAAGGUACUAUAGAACCGGAACCACAUUUACGAAAUCUGAAGAACAAAUCUGAUUUCAGACCCAGAAAAGAAACAACAAUUACCGGAUUAAUGACAAUGCACCCAGAAAAAGCUCGAAAAUUUAAUGUAGCACUCCACGAAGACGUCAUUGGAAUUGUAGAUGAAAAUGAUACCCAAACGAAACCAAUACUUAAAAAUGAUAAAGGAACCACAAUGUCUAAAGCUAAGCUUAAACCAACUGAGACACCACAUAUUCUUAAACCAGAACAAGAAUCAUCAAUAAGUAAUGCUCCAAAAAAAUUAAGUUUCCUAUUAAAUCAGAAUGAACACCAAAUCGAAGUUUCCCCGGAAAGUAGUACAUCGAUUUUUAUUGCAAAAGGAACAUCGAUUCAACCUCAAUCUGAAUCUGACGAGAAAAUACUUCAUAUUUAUGAAGGUUCUAUAAAUACAGAAAAUGAUAAAAAUGUUCCUGAUGAUAAAAAUGUUUCUGAUGAUAAAAAAAAUAUUGUUUGUAGUGGAAGCGAAAUUGAAUGCUUGCAAGAGCGACCUCCAUUAGUCAAUAAAGGUUCUAGUGGAUUUACAGUUUCUGAACGAAUUCGUGAACGAAAAUCUGCUAAGAUUAUUAAACAAAAUAAACAUAUAAAAUCAACAACUUCAAUGCAAUCUUACGAAGAAAUCAGUUCAUCAUUUCUCCCAAUCGAACAUGAAACCAAACAGGAUUACAAACUAAAACAGAAAACCACCAAAACUCAACUUUAUCGAAAUCCAUAUUCGUACGAAAAAGUAAGCAAAGGAGAAUUAGUGACUAAACACGCACAAGGGCAAAAAUUUCGUACUAGAAAACCAUCAUCAACAAUCUCCAUUCUCAAACCUCGUCCAUACCAAUCAGUAAGCAAAGCAGAAAUAGUUAAAGAAUUAGAACUAAAAGAUGAAUACUUAAUCAGAAAAGCUUUGUCAAGUACUACAAUUCUUGGACAAUCAUAUUCAUACGAAGCAGUUAAAAGACAAGAAAUAAUAAAGAAAUUAGAACAAAAUGAGAAAUAUCACAUCAAAAAGGCUCUAUCGAGUAGUACAAUGCUUAAACAAUCACGUCAUUACGAUAUGGCAAAUAAAGGAGAAAUUCUUAAAAAAUUUUCCCAAAAAGAAAAAUACGACAUCAAAAAAUCUUUAUCAACCGUUUCACUUCGUAAAAGACCAGCUUCAAUGGAAAAGCAAUCAUACAUUUUCCCAACGCAAGCCGAAAUUGCUAAACGUGCUUAUAUUAACAAAAAAAUGGAAAUAAAUACUUCAUUACAAUCAGUAUCAAGUUCCGCACAACAAUAUAUUUUUCCAAUCCGAAAUUACUAAACGUGCUUAUAUUAACAAAAAA